CGCGCCCGUGUGAGGGCCGGGCCGGGGCAGAGCGAUGCAGGCGCGGCGCCUGGCCAAGCGCUGCAGCCUGGGCAGCCGGCGGCGCAGCGCGGGGCCGCCCCCGCCCGCGGCCCCCAAGCCCGACAGCGGGCGGCGGGAGGGCGCGGGCUCGGCCGCGGCGCUGGAGGAGGAGGACGAGGACGACGACGCGGUGCUAGAGGUGGACGAGGAGGACGAGGAGGAGGAGGGCGGCGCGGAGAGCCCCCCCCCAGCGCUGCCCGUCCGCGCCCGGGGCCCCGCCGCCAAGGCAGCCAAUAUUAAGCGUGAAAUGCCCUUCACUACAUUUCAGCAGGAGGAUGUAAAAAGUGACAACAGUCAAAAAUUGCCAGACCAACAUUUUCUCCUGUUGGCUAUGAAGGAGGAAGAUAUAAUAACAGCAGACACCAAAAAAACAAACAGAGUUCACGAGCAUGAAAAAGAAAACACCCGUUCUGUCUGUCUUCUUGAACAGAAACGUAAGGUUGUUUCUUCAAAUAUUGAUGUGCCUCCAGCAAGAAAAUCUUCAGAAGAACUGGACAUGGAUAAAGUGACAGCAGCUAUGGUACUAACCAGUUUGUCCACCAGCCCUUUGGUUCGCAGCCCUCCUGUCCGACCCAAUGAUUCUCUGAAUGGAUCUUGGAAGGAAGGAGGAUUUGUGCCUUCCAGUACCAGCAGCAGUGGAUACUGGAGCUGGAGUGCUCCAAGUGAUCAGUCUAAUCCAUCCACCCCAUCUCCACCUCUGUCUGCCGAUAGCUUCAAACCUUUUCGAACACCUUCCCAGCCAGAUGAUGGCAUUGAUGAAGCUGAAACAAGCAACCUUCUCUUUGAUGAACCCAUCCCUAGGAAGAGGAAGAAUUCCAUGAAGGUGAUGUUCAAAUGCCUUUGGAAGAACUGUGGAAAGGUACUGAGCACAGCUGCAGGGAUUCAGAAACACAUCCGGACCAUUCACCUUGGACGAGUAGGAGAGUCUGACUACAGUGAUGGAGAAGAAGAUUUUUAUUAUACAGAGAUCAGACUUAACACAGAUUCAGUGGCUGAUGGCUUAAGCAGUCUUUCUCCAGUCUCUCCAUCUCUAGCAUCUCCUCCUUCUUUUCCAACCCAAGAUGUAAGCCGUCCUGAAACAUCAUGUGCCAAAACUGAGACUAAAGUGAUGACACCUCUGAGCCGCUCAGCUCCUACCAAUCUCUACCUCGUACACACGGACCAUGCUUACCAGGCCACGCCUCCAGUGAACAUUCCAGGGUCAACGAAGUUCACUCCCAAUGGCAGUAGCUUUAGCAUCUCUUGGCAGUCACCUCCAGUUACCUUCACUGGCAUUCCGGUCUCUCCAACUCGUAAUCGUCCUGCAGGGAGUGGAGAGCAGAAACAGACUCACACAGUUCUCUCAUCACCACCCAGAGUAACAUUUGGCCUGAGGAAGCCUAGAGGUGAGGGGAAAAAAUGCCGGAAAGUAUAUGGGAUGGAGAACAGAGAUAUGUGGUGCACUGCUUGUCGCUGGAAGAAGGCUUGCCAAAGGUUCCUUGACUAAAGACUGGAAGCACGGAGGAUUUGGGGAGUAUGACAGCAAAAUCCUAUUACUACAGCUUCACUACCAUUUCCCAACUUUCCUCCAAUGACAUUUUUUAAAGACCUUUGUAUUUCAAGAUGAAGCACUUGUAGCCAAGGAGAAGCACUAAUCAAAACCUGUGUGGAGCAAUAGAGCAAAAAAAAAAAAUCUGUCUUACCAAGUAUUAAACGCAGAGCAGCUAUUAGUGUUUUUCUUUACAAAAAAAAAAAAAAAAGAAAGAAAAAAAGUUAACCUUUCGCUAACUCUAUAAACUACUUGCUCCCUAUGACUUUUUUUUUUUUUUUUUUUAACUAUGUCAGUAGCUGUGCUGUGAAUGUCUUUAUCACUUGAACCAAGUAACGCAUCUUUCCCUGGAGUGAAGAUCUCUGACCGUUUCCAAUUAACACUUUAAAGACAUAUAAGCUACAAUUUACUCAAACAACCACAUCAAGAAUGGAGCCUGCUAAAUAAUUCUCCUAAUGUGAAUGAUCUUGGUUAUAUUCCUUGUUUGAGGGAAUUUUUUUUUUUUGAAGAACUGAUUUGCAAGAAGGACAAGCAGCAGUUCCUGCAAAAUUUUUAAAAGCAGUCUCAAACCAGAACAUGGAACUAAGCGAUUUGAAUACCAAAUUUGGCUUUAAACACUGCAGAGAAGACCUGGGAAGUCACCAGCAGAUCUCAGUCACAAGACACCAGGAUUUGAGGGAAGGAAUUCCAACGAUCUUUGACUGAAACACAUAGGAGUAGAACCUGGAUUCCAGUAGGUUUUCUUACCACCUGUUCCUUUUCCUAGCAAUGGCUAAAGAUAAAGCCAGCACAUCUUGUGUUGCUGAAGCCUUGUAAAUAACUGGUCAGUGCAGACAUUUGGAUUGUAUGUAGUAUCUAUUCAGCUUGUUUCCCCUUCUCCUGUUUGAGAUUGUUACUGGGUUAAUAGUUCACUCAUUCUUUCCACUAAAAAUACUGGAUUUUACCUGUGCAAACCAUUUAUUAAAAGCAAAAUAACCCAAGAAAUGCUUCCCUUACAUCACCCCACCAAAGGAAGCAUAACAGCAAUGGAACAACACACCUGUGUGUUAAACUUACUUUAAGGCCAGAAGUAGUCCAUUUCCAAGCAAAUUACACUUUGAUAGGUUAGUGCACUUUACUGUAUUUUAUAUAUCAGUCUAAUUGAGAGUGAAUAAAAGAGCUGGUAUUUAUUCCUAUCUAAAAGGAGUAAAUGCUAUAUGAAAUGUGCUCCACAGAGAGCACCUGCCUGUUCAAAGCAAGGCUCAGGCAGCUCCCACAUGAAUGGGGCUCCAUAGGACCACCAGUAUCUCCAGGGUUGGAUCCAGAGGAGUUGUGGUGAUGCAGUCACCCCCUGCCCCUCACCCCCUUUUGAAUCACACCACAGGAGCAACAGCCAGGGACAUUUAAGUCCCCAAAACAAGUAAGAUUUUCCCUGUCCUCCAUUCCCCAGUAUGCUCAGUGGCAUGUCUCCCCUUAUUCCCACCCCUCCCUACCACUGUUGCUGUCCCUGGCUGAUGUGGGCAGGAGCACUCCUGAACUGCUCCUGCCCCGGUCCAGCAGGGCUACAUGGGGAGCCGAGAUCAGCCAGGGACAGUGGCAAUGGCAGCACCAGGUGGUUUCCUGUUCUCACUGCUUCCCCCCAGGUGUGCCCUGCCAGACCAGGAGCAGGUGCAGGGAGAGGGAACCUGCCCACAGCCGCUGCUGUCAUGGCUGAGCCUGGCUCCCUGCUCAGUCCAGCAGGAUAGGCUCUGGCAUUCCCUUCCCAGCUGCCCCCAACCCCAGGUCAGCAGGGGACAGGGGCAGUGGCUUGUGGGGGAAGGGGAAUGGGAGGUGCUCAGCAUGGGAAGGGAGGAGGUACCACCAGCUGGGGAGGAGGAUACUUACCCAAUUUGAAGAUUUUUAAAAAGUCCCUAAAUGUUGCUCUCAUGGCAUAAUCUGCCUGCCCCAGUGGCAAUGGAGAGGGUGUGAGCAGGGAAUGCAGCCACCCCUGCAGCACCAGUUGCUGCUCCUGCACCCCUCUUUGCUAUUGGGUUGCAGAUUUUGUAUCUUAGCAUAUUCUUAACACUGUCUGUCAGUGAAAUCAUAUGGGCCAGAUUUCUAGAGCAGUGGGAGUUAGGCACCUUAGGACCUUUAAAACUCUGGGCCAUGACUCACUUGAUGGCCUUACUAAACUCACACUGCUGCAUGUGCCUAUAUCAAGAAUAGACGGAUAAAAUAGGUUGUAGUUGGGAACAUAAUACGUAAUCAGCAAAAAAAAAAAGUAUUUAAAUUCAAACGUAUUUUACUUCUUUCUUAAGACACUGGAAGCUUAAUUUUUUAACAAGUUAAUUGGGCAAUUAAAUGCCUUAUUUAAGCAUACCAUUUAUGCAAUUGUGUCCAUAAAUCAUGUCAUUUGAAUGCACACAUUGCUAAUUAUUGUUAUUACAUGCAUACAAUUACCUGAUUUUCAUAUACAGUUUUGUACCUGAACCAGCAGAAAUGAUACUUCAUGCAUUAAAAAUAAAAAUAAAAACAAACAAAAAAGGGGGAAAAAACAAACAUGAAAGUAAGAGUUGGUGGAUAGACAGCGCCAUUUGCACUCUGUUUGUAUUCUCUUACCUUUUGGUAAAAUUUAAAGGUCAUGGUUUUUCCUUAGACAUUGUGGGUUUUUUUAAUUUCCUUAUGGAAACACCUCGUAAUAUUCUGUAAUUGUUUUCUAAUCAGUCCCUUUGAAAAAGCUGACAUUGUUGUCAGUGCCUUUUUAUAGUGGAACAUAGAAUAUGGAUCUUGUUCUAUUGGCUGUCCCUCUUGGUUCACCCCUGGUCAUUUUUAAAAACACCAAUAUUCCAAUUUAAGGGACUUUUAAUUAAUAAUCAUGACCAUUGCUGGCCCUAUAUUUAUUACUUAUCAUUAUUCCCCUCUUUUUAUAUUCCCUUUUCCUUUUAUUUGCUCUGAUCGGCUUGAAUUUUGAGAGGAUUUUUAACUAUAUAUAAUUAUAUUGUAAAUUGUUUCUAUAAUGUACUGCAUUGUAAGCACCUUGGCAGGGAGCACUUUAUAAUAACUUUAACCUAAUAGAUUAUCCCUCAAAUUUUCACACAGUGGGCCAAAUUCUGAUGGAUGCUGAGAAUCAGACAGCAAAGCCCACAACUGUAACACUUAGGAGGAAAAUGAGUUAGAAUAAAAAGCACAGCCCUUAAUUAGAGAUCUAACUAAACCCUCCGAGUUUAAACCCUCUAGCCGCGUCCAGACAUGUAUAAAUGUUUGGUUCCUUGGGAACAACUAUGCUGCCACUAGUUGUCAUCAGGGAAUACCUGUGCCAUGUACACACUAAUGUGCAGCAAGGUACCCCAGGUGGGGUAGGGUAGGCUGGGGCCAGUACUGGGCUGGCCCCAGCAGCCUUACCCUGUGUCCUGGGGGCCUCCUGGGGCUACAGCAGCAGCAAUCCUGCCACAGAGCCUGGCCGGCAGUGGAGUACAGCUGCAGCUGGCCAGGCUCUAGCUUUGGGUGGCCCAUGCUGCUGCCGCAUGCGCAACUCUACUUCUUUUCUCUGUGGGUUUUUUGACCCCCUAGAUAUCCAGGGGUCAAAAAAGCCCUCCACGCUGCUGUCUUGCAGCACAGAAAACAAUGGAACAUGUGCUGUGUGGUGCUGCCUACGUGUCUGCAGUGCCACAUACCGCACGUCUGCACUCAUCUGGACAUGGGCUCUGAGUAUACCCAGUGCAAACAAGUGUUAGCAAAGUUAUUCCCAUACAAGAAUUACUAAUUUGUCUAACUUUUACACUGGUAAUUUAUACCUAUUGUUACACAGACAGAAACAAUCAGUGCAGCCUCAGUAGUAUAUUUCUGUGCUUAGGUCAAACUUGAGCUACAUACAACUUACUCUUUUAUUCUUGAGGAAGGUAAAAAUAAUAAGAAGUUUAGAAGAGGUUUUAUUAUGGGCUACUGCUUGACUUGCAUACUUGCAUCAUCUGCCUGCCUGGCAGUAGGCCACUUUAUAAAUGUACUUCUCUGGAGGGUAGGAUAUGUCUCCCCUGAUUUCUCACAGGAAUCCAAUUUUCCAACUUUCAUAAUAAUAUUGUCUUCUGUCUCACCAAUGGUUUUUUGGCAUGUAUGUCUGCAUACUUCAGCACCAGCCAAAUUUGACCCUUAGAAUAUAAAUAUUGAAGGAUUCAUUUAUUACUUUUAACCACUUAGUAGAAAUAAUGCUGGGGAACAGUAGUUGGUACCACAGGUUAUUAGACAUUGAUAUCAGCAGUAUAACAUUAGGUCCUAAUUGUUUUAUAUGAUGCUAAAGGACGCUAAAUGGUUGUUGUUAUUUUCAUUUUUUGUUUUUGUUGUUUGUGGGGGCCUUUUGUUUUGUUUGUUUAAGGAAAGUUAGUUAGAAAACGAAGUUUCCAGCAAGAAGGUACAAUUUUAGAAAAGCAAAUGUUGAACUCCUGUUGAACUUUUUUCUCUCUAUCCUUAUAGAAAAUACCAAAUACACACAAAAUAUUUUUAAAAUUUUGAUGCUUAUUCAUGCAGUUAUUCCCAUGAAAUCCACCUAAUAUUUCAGUACCUUUCAUUUUACAUAGUCCUUUAUAUGUGAGCAGUGAGCGUAAACUCUUCCAUUCUGAUUCAUGUAUUUACAUGUACUUGUAAAUCAGUGUCUUGUCAUUCAAGAUAAACACAAACAUGCCCAGUAGCUCUGUUUAUAUGAACAAGAUAAACAGGAUUUGUAUGCAUUCAGAACCUAGAUUUGGAUACCUUAUGAAAAGAAUGCAGUUGCCCAAUCUGACUGGAUUGCUUAAUGAGUCAUUAAAUUCCUUGCUCUCCCGCCCCCCCCCCGCCCCCCAUUAAAAUAUACAAAUUUCCCACUCUGUGCCCCGCUUUGUUUUAUUAAUAAGAAGUGAUACAGCAGAAAGGCAGAGUUGUAGCAAAAAGAUCUGUAUGAAGCAUGCAGGCAAGCAUGUUGAAGGGCCGAUUUCUGUUCCAGUAUCAAGCCUGGUAAGCAACUUACAUUCUUGAACUCUAGCUUAUAACCCAAACUGGGUGACCACCUGAAAAAUAAAGCCUCUUUCUCCCCUG